CUUUCUACCAACCCCAUAAGAUCCCCAUUCUUUGUCGCGCCUGCAGCUGCAUGCGUUUGGGGUUUGUUGUCCCUGCUACGGUGUCGGGAGCAUUUACAGCAUACCCCUCCUACACGCCAGGGCCAGGGGAUGAGGUUGCGUGUGGCCUGUGGACGGCCAAGUGUUCGUGGACGCGCCUGAGUAAAUCUGCUGUGGCAACCAAAACUCGCUAUGCAACAAGCCUGAAAAAAAAAACCAGUCAGUCCACUGCAGGGGGAGGAUAGGUGAGGUGGUUUUAAUUUUGCAGACCGGCAUGGAAAAUGCAUUGUGACACUGCUGCAGCUCGCUACCUGUCACAUCCCCCCCACUGGAAACAGCUCACCACAGGGUUCUCCAUCAAGGUCCAAAUGCCCGGCCCAGUCUGAGACGGCUGGUCGAGGUGGGGAAGCAGUGAGGACAGCGUCCCUGGUCCACAGACGGGAUGAGCGGGGGAGCGGAGCAAGCUGACAUCCUGAGCGUGCUCUCCCUGGUCAAGGAACGAUGGAAAGUGGCGAAGAAGAUUGGGGGUGGCGGGUUUGGGGAGAUCUACGAGGCGGUGGACCUGCUGACGCGGAUCAAUGUGGCGCUGAAGGUGGAGUCGGCCCAGCAGCCCAAACAGGUCCUCAAGAUGGAGGUCGCCGUGCUCAAGAAGCUCCAGGGUAAAGACCAUGUGUGUCGCUUUGUGGGAUGCGGCCGCAACGACCGCUUUAACUACGUGGUGAUGGAGCUGCAGGGUCGUAACCUGGCUGACCUGAGGAGGAGUAUGAACCGGGGAACCUUCAGCAUCAGCACCACCCUGCGUCUGGGGCGCCAGAUCCUGGAGGCCAUAGAGAGCAUCCACUCUGUCGGCUUCCUGCAUCGUGACAUCAAACCGUCCAAUUUUGCAAUGGGCCGCUUCCCGAGUACCUGUCGAACCUGCUACAUGCUGGACUUUGGUUUAGCUCGCCAGUUCACCAACUCUUGCCAGGAGGUCCGACCUCCCCGUCCAGUGGCAGGGUUCAGGGGAACAGUCCGCUAUGCAUCUGUCAAUGCACAUAAAAAUAAGGAGAUGGGUCGGCAUGAUGACCUGUGGUCUCUCUUCUACAUGCUGGUGGAGUUUCUGGUGGGUCAGUUGCCGUGGCGGAAGAUCAAGGACAAAGAACAUGUUGGGAAGCUGAAGGACACUUAUGACCAUCGUCUGAUGCUCAAACACCUGCCGGCAGAGUUUGGUGUGUUCUUGGAACACAUCUCCACCCUUGACUACUUCACUAAGCCAGACUAUCAGCUGCUGAUGUCAGUGUUCGACAACAGCAUGAAAACCUACAAUGUCGUGGAGAAUGACAUUUAUGACUGGGAGCGGACCAGCACAGAUGGCACUUUGACGAUCAGUGCCACUGCCACAACACCGCAACAUCACACCCGCCUCACUCCUGCACACAUGGGUAUGGCGAAUGCCUCCUUGAUCCCUGGCGACCUGCAGAGGGAAAACACAGACGAGGUUCUGCAGGACGAGCAGCUCAGCGAUGUGGAGAACAACCCCGCUCCAGAGCGCCUACCGGGCUCUCCCCUCCAUCCACACCGCAACCAGGAGGCUGAUGUCUGGGAGGAGCUGGACCGCAACCGUAACCGCAUCAGGACGGCAGUGUGGAAGGCGGCAACGGAGGAGGAACACAGCAACAACCAGGGUAACCAAGAACACCAGAGCCCCUAUGCUGGGCCAAGCCUGGGCUCUCCAGUCAAACUGCACUCUGAGGUGGCGGCUUCAGACCGUGAUGGCCCUAUGCUGAGGAAGCUUCGCAACAUUCACAGCUUUGAGCUGGAAAGGAGGCUUGGCCUGGAGUCCAAGCCCAGUCCUGAGCGCUUUUUGGAGGCCAGCUCAGCAAAGCAGCAGCUUGGCACCCAGCACCAGGACAAAGAGGCUGACGGUGCUGCAAUCAUCCCAGUAACUCAGGGUCAAGCUGUACCUGCCGGGGAUCGUCCUGAUAGGGUCUGGCACUAUGAUGAGGAGUUCCGGUCUGGUGGUGGUUCUCCUAAGCCAGCAUCCUCUGGAUCUCAGGAGCAGGGAGAGGGGGCAGUUAGCAGUGGGGGGUUUGUGGCCCUCAAUCUGAGCUCUGGGAGGCAAGACAUUGACUCGAGGGAGUGGGUAAUGGUGGAGCGGCCCUGUGGCUCUCCAGGAGCCAAGGCUACCCCCAGCCCUUCGGAGGAGGAUGAGGAACCAGAGGUGCUCCAGCCAGGGGAACAGUCUCCUGGAUGGGAAAAGGGCAGCCCAGGCCCUAGCUCUGGCAAAGCUAAACAAGAAAGUAUGGCUUCCUCCAAGGGAAGUGCAAAAGUGGACAAGUUGGAGCUCAGUGUGGGCCCUGCAGGGGCCCUGCCCCCCGUCACUCCGACCAGCCCAGCUGAAGCUCUGGCUGAGGGAGUUCUCACUCAGCUCCCCACCUCUCCUCCAUCCCUGCCUGAGGAGGUUGCGGCCCGGACAUGCAGCCCCAUCCCUCUGCGCUCUCCCAGCCCACACACUCUCCUGACCACCUUGUCGGACCCGCUGCACCUGCGCCAGCCGCCGGGCCUGAGGCGCAGCCAGUCCGCCGACCAACAGCAGCAGGAGCGCCCCUCCUCUUCCUCCUCCUGCCACGCCUCCCUACCACUACCACCAAACCCUGCCCCCGGCACCCGCUCGCCCAGUCGUAGGAAACUGCCGGCCAUCCCAGCGGGUGCUGCCAACGCCAAGUUUCCCUCUGUCAUACGUAUCACCCGUGCCCAGCUCCAGCAGUUGACAGCUCAGCGUCCCUCUGGGCUGUCCUCCCAGUCAGGAUCAGACAGUGCCCCACAGUGCCUCCUGCUAGAGAGGCGUGGUGAGGCUGAAGCUGAGGCUCAGCAGGUCCAGGAGCACACAGUGGACAUCAGCUCCCCCCAGGACCAUGUGCCCACUCAUCCAGGGACACCCACAGACCCCCUGGCUGAGACGCUGGUCAAUGGAAACAACCACACUAAAGCUCCAAGCCCUGUGCCAAGCCGCAUGUCUUCUCCGCGUUCUCCUCGCUCGCCUCCUCCACGUUCGCCUUCCUCUCCACGCUCUCCACACUCUCCUCGCUCCCCUCGCAGUCCUAUGUUUGCCAAUGGCCACUUCUCCCCUCCUGCUAACGGCCAAAGAGAUUUCAGUUAUGGAGCAUUCCCCAAGCUGAAAGACCCUGAGAACGAUUAUGGCCACAUUCCCUGUUCCACAGAGCCUCAGCUAAGGGCGGAAGAGAGCAGAGGAGUGAACCAGGCCCCAGAUCAGACCAGUGGCCCGGUCUCCUCCUCCCCAGUUGCCCCCCGUAAGGACCCUAGCCGGAGGCAAAGUCGCAUCCCAGUCCUUGAGCCCUCCAGCCUGCUGGAGCUCCCUCCUCCAGGGUCUGCUAAGGAGAAACUCCUUCAGAAGAAAGCCAGUCACCAUGGCCCGGUCCCCUCUCCCACUGCCUCACCAUCCCUCUCUGAUAGGCGUGGCCCCAUGAUGGCCUCACUUGCCAGGGACCCGCUGUCCUCCGCCUCUGACCGCUCCCAGGACGAGGACUCUCUUAUGGGCUCCCGUUCUGACCGCCAGGGAGACGAUGCCCCUUCCCUCUCCUCCUCCUCCAGCCCUCUGUCCCGCAAGAGCAGGAUCCCUCGUCCUGUUCAUCCGGCUUCCUCAGCUGAGCAGCUGGCUGCCCAAUACCUGCCACGCCCACCCCCUGGAAAGCCACCUUGCCGCCCCACAGUGGAGGGCAGGCUUAGGCGUUACCGCAUCCGAGCUGGCAGCACCAGUGACUCAGACCUCCUGACAUGCCUUGCUCAGCUGAUGCAUGGUUCCCGAGGCUCCCCCCUUCAUCACCGCUCCUCAGCACAGCACGGGGGGUCCAGGAUGGGCAUCUGCAGCCUAACGAGCUCUCCGCACCACCACCGCAGCUCUAGCGCAUCCCCGCGCAGCUCCUCCUCCCUGCAGCGCUCCGUCAGCUCCUCGCCCUCCCGCCACGAGCACCGUGGCGGCGGGGGAGGGAGUUGCCUGGGCCGCAGCCGCUCUCCUCCCAGCUUCUCUGGCUCGCCGCCUCCCCGCCGCUUCUAUCCUCACCACCAGGAGACUUGCUGCAGCCGCCAGGCCCGCACUGGCCUAUUCCACCUGUCUAGGGGAAAAGCCUGUAGCCGAGAGGGCAAGUGCUCCAGCAAGCUGAGCAGAUAGUUGCCCACCAGCUUGUGUUGCCACAGCAGAGGAUGGGAAGACUCCAACUAUGAUAGGGCAGGUUCAGUAAAAGCCUGAGUCUUCCUGUAUAAUUAGAAAAAAAAUCGUGUUUCUCUUUUUCCGCUGUCAGUCUGAACCUUACACUUGUCUCGUCGUUUCCCACUGUUCUCUUUACUCCUUCUAUUUGCACACAGGGUUUGUCAUUUAUUUAUGUGCCCAGCUUGAAAAGGGUACUUGGAAUUGCACUUCCAUAAAGUUGUUGGACUUCUUGAAGAAUGGUCAAAAUCUGUGCAGCUGAAGCUGAGAUAUCUGGAUUUUUAGUCUGUUAUGCCCCAAAAACCUCAUCACAUCCUCUCUAUCUCAGAAGCGCCCACUUGUUUCAAACCCCACACCUCCAGUUUGUAAUGAAGCCUUUCUGUUAAAUAUUUUUUAAAUCUCAAGCUAAUCUAUUUAAUUGGUGCAGUGCCCCUUUAUGAUGUAUAUGAUAAGCGAUAUUGACAUGUCAUACCAUUUUAUUUAUAUUAUUACAUUGUAGAGAAAAAUAAUAUAGCUGCAAUAUUAAACAACGAUUUCCCAAUGCAGGCAGUACUGUAAUACAUACAUCAAUAGCUAGAUGGGCCAGUGGACACAUAAGUGAAACAAUUUCCUGUUUAUUCAUCUUCAUCUAUCCUGCACCACAAUAUAAUGUAACUUACGUAUCCCCAGUAUUAAUGCACUUGGAUCAUACUGAUAUGACAUCAGUAUAGCUGAUCACAGCUUAAUUAAAUAUUGGCCUGGGGUUGACUCAGUUAUCUCCUCUGUAUUUGGAGAUUGCAGGCAGGGUAUAAUAUUUACUUUAUGCGAUAUGUGAAUGCAUAAAACCAGAAUUUGUGUACAGUUGUAUUUAUUGAGAUAUUUAUUUUGAUGCUUAGCAACGCUUUUUUGACUCCUACCCUCUUCUGUGUGAUAGUGGAUGUAUGGUUUUGUGUCACUCACAUUAGUUUUAAAUGUUUAAUCGAAGGGAUCGCUCCAAAGUGACCCCUUUUAUACAAUCAAUCGUGUAAAGUGCGUGAGGACACACACCUUUUUGUGCCUACUGUGUUGCUAAGAGGGAAUCAGAAUGUCUCACUGAACAAAGGGAUUACAAGUUAGAAUUGUGAAACUCCUUUUUAGAUCUCAAGGCAUUGAUGGAAUGUGUGUUUCCAGUAUAGUUGUAGUAGCAGUAGUAAGCUUAAACAACGCAUUACUGAUGAGUAAUGUUCAGACAAAGAUGUUUGUCUCAGUGUGUGCCUUGGCACUUUGGGCAGCUUGAGGAUUAACUUUGGUGUAUUUGUAAUUAGAAAACAAAAAAAGGAGCCAAAAACAGAUUUGUGCCAGCAGUUAUAAGAUGACCCUUUUCACCAGUAUUCUUUUAUGUAGAAAAGGUAGCAACACAAACGUUUGUAAGUCAAACACAAUUUGAGCAACAGUUUACUUGAGUACAGAGUAGCUAUUAUUUGUAAUGACGAAAAGGAAAUAUUUCAAGUUAAAGCUGACUUAACUGUCCUGUAUGUAUGUAUGUGUGUAUAUAUAUAUAUAUAUAUAUAUAUAUAUAUAUAUAUAUAUACAGGUCAGUGUUGGAGUUAAAACUUUGAAAAAAAUGUGAAUUUCAGACCUUAACAUUUUGUCAAAUGUUAUUAAAAAUGGAGGCCAUAUGUACAUAUAUUUUUCACACCAAAACGACGUUCCAUGCUUCCAUGUGCAAGAAUGGUUUUUUUUUUUGUGUUUUUGUUUUUUGUUCCUCCUGCGCCGGAGAAUGUCUUUUUAUAUAAUAAUACACAGUAUGUUUGUGCACAAGGCAAAGGAAUCAAAGUAUUUGUUUGUGUUUACUUUAGUUAGGAUUCCUCACUGAAACUCUCCUCCACAACCUCCUCCCACUCCUCUGCUUGUAAGAUACUGUAAAAAUAACUCCAGCUUCCUCCCAAUGCUACACUUUGCAUGCUCAACAGAGAAAACACGGAAAAAAAAAAAAACUGAAUCAACUACUGAGUAAAAAGCUGCAUACCACUUCCCAUCACACAGCAUCUAUCUUGUGUAGAGUUAAACCCAGCAGUGUCUUCAUUCCAUGCUGGGUGAGACGUUUUAAUUUCUGUAUGACUAGUUUUCUGCACUUCCUGCACUGACUUGGUAUGAUUGUGUUGCUGGAAUAUGAUAGACUGUAUUUUUUAUCAGUGCAAGUGGCUGAAAUAAAAAAGGAGAAUAGUCUUCGCUGUGUUUAAAGCACUCGUACUGUGGGAAACAACUCGAGUUGAAGGAUCACUGUCAGUCAUAGCCUCUUUAACAUUAUGGCUGCACACAUGAACAAAGAUUAAAAAAAAAAAGAAAAAUCACAUUGCCAAAUAUUUUGAUAGAUUUUGAAGGUUUGACUUUAGAUGUGAUAAAUAGGGGAGUGUGUAGGGACCGAAUGGGCACAUUGCUUUGUAGAUAUAAAAUGUGCUGUGUCGUUCGACUCGUGCAGAUAUUGCAGAUACCUACGCUAGCCUCACAGAGCAGCUAUGAUGACUCAUCCUGAAGGCAGACAGCGUUCAGUCAGUCAGUCGCCUUAAUGUCUCUUCUCUGCCCCUCUGUGCGUAGCGAGGGAUGACUGAGCCUUGUCUGUGUUGGAGAUCAUUCCACUAUUGGGCCAAGCCAAGCCUUCCUGUCACGUAUCCCUCGUCUGUAAAUGGCAUGUGCUACCAUGCCUGUCAGCGUGGUCGAUACAUGUAUCACCACUGAAAUCAGUGCUGUCAGACUCUUGCGCUUACAUAGCAGUGCUUGUACCGGAGAGCUCCCUGUUUUUCUGUGAGAAUGCGUGGGCCGUUUAUUGAUUGACUAGUGGAAAGAUUUCAGGGUGCAGUGUUCAAGGUGUGUUUGUUAGUGUGAUAAGUGUGUGCUCUCAAACAGGGGCGUGCAAUUUCUACAUGUCGCCAGCAAUCAAUUUGUGACUUCUCCCACUUUCAACUCUCUAUUUCAGACUCUCAGAUUUCAAGAUAUUUCAAGCUUUCGAAGUUCAGAACGCUGUUGUGCAGACUUUUAAUAUAUACCUGUAAAAUAUUCAAAGUAAUUAUUUAAAUAAAAUCAUUAUUGUGAAACCAUAACUUAUAUGCUAACAGGCGUCAGUGAGAGUGAGGAACAGACACUAAACAGUGCUGCUGGUUUUAAAAGAUAAUCAGAUUUCUUCUUAUGUUUUAUUAUUAUUAUUAUUAUUAUUAUUAUUAUUAUUGCACAUAAGUGGUGUGAAGUCGUAGUACUAGUGAUACCUUCCAGAUGAGAUUUUCUUUGUCACUUUUUAAAGCGACCUCCUCAUAGAAAGGUGUCAUAUUUAUAGUAGCUUGCCGGUAUUUGUGGUUACAGAUACCAAUAGGCCAACAGAACAAACCCAGCUGUUUUAUUUUAUUUUGAAAAGUGAGAUGGAAACUAAUGAAAGCUUUUGUGUACACUGGUACACUUCUCAUAUCAUAACAUUGGAUUACUUGUCAAUAACUUAUAAAUACUUGACAGAAUUAUUUAUUGUGACAUUUGCUAAUUUGCCCAUCUAUCAUUUUGACUUCAAUUGUUGGGAUUUUUUAAUGGUUGAUAUUUUUGUGUUGUAAUGUAUGUCAUGGUUUUGAAAUGUAACUGUACAGUCUCAAGGAAAGAAUGUAACAAGUGGGAGUUUUGCAUUGUAUAUAACUGUAAUUAUUUAUGUUUAUUCUAUCAUUUGUAUCAUAUCAAUGCCUUGUACAGUGUUUUUUUCUUUUUUGUUUUAAAAUUAUUUUGUAUUUUAUUUUUAUAAACUGGUUACAAAUAAAAUACUCAUUCCGCAUGCAGACAGAAUCUUGUGAAAGGUUUCUGUUUUUAUAUCCUGAAAUGUUGGGCACUGGAUGAGGACACAACGCAACGCGGUGUUUCAACAAAAAUAAAUAUCAGAAUAAGAUUGCCACCAAAAUACCAAAUAAACAUGGAAAAACAGAACAGAUAAUAACUGCAUAAAUUAAUACAAUAAAAUACUUUUUUCAAUGAUGUUUGCCAGUACAAUUUGCAUGUGUUUUCAGACACUCUGGACCUUGACUUGGUAUGUAAGAUAAUUUACAUUUAAUAAAAAUGAUGAAGAUUU